AUGUAUUCUACCAUCAUCUUGCUCCUUGCCUCGAUUCUCUGCGGGUACGCACAAGAAGAACCUUUGUUAGGAGGAUUGACACCACAAGAUCCGGAAGACCCUAUGUUUAUGUUCAAAGCUUGGAAGGUCACCAAACAUAUCAACGACAAUCUGACAAUCAAUUCUGGUCCUUAUGUGAUAGUUCCAGUAAAGGUUACAAAAGCGGAGUCACAAGUUGUAAGCGGGAUCAGAUAUGUAUUUGAAGUCAUUUUCGGACAGUCUAAUUGCUUAAGACAUGUGAGUUCAUCACUUACGAAAAGCAUUACAUAACC